UGCCCGCGACUAGUAAACCAAGAGGCGGGGUUCUGCGUCGCUGCGGGUCGUGGCCAGGGCAUGGCGACCGCGGAUCCCAGCGGGCCCGGGGUAUGGAUGUCUACCCCGGGACCGCGCCCCGCCGGGACCCUGGACUGCGCAGCGGGAGCUACGGGGCUGCCUUUCGGGCGAAGCGGCAGUGGAGUCCCCCGACUGGGGGAGCGGCUCCCGGCGGUUGUGGAGAAGAGGGGGCCGUACAUGGUGACGCGUGCGCCUUCCAUUCAGGCCAAGCUGCAGAAGCAUCGGGAUCUGGCCAAGGCUGUUCUUCGGAGAAAAGGCAUGCUGGGGGCCUCGGCGAACCGCCCCGACUCUUCAGCGAAAAGGUCAGUGAAGUUUAACAAGGGCUAUACGGCCCUUAGUCAGAGUCCAGAUGAAAACCUGGUGUCCCUCGACUCUGACAGUGAUGGGGAGCUGGAAUCCAGAUACUCCUCCGGGUAUUCCUCUGCAGAGCAGGUGAACCAGGAUGUGAGCCGGCAGCUGCUCCAGGAUGGGUAUCACCUGGAUGAGAUUCCAGAUGAUGAGGACUUGGACCUCAUUCCUCCCAAGCCUAUGGCCUCUUCAACGUGCUCCUGCUGCUGGUGCUGUCCUGGGGACUCUCCUUCCUGUACCCUCCAGUAGACAUAACCCCCUAAGACGGGCCCUGCUCACCAUGUCCUGCAGAGCCCUGUGGGCCCUUCUUAGGUCACGGAGUGCAGUGGGGAGUGCAGUCAUCCCCCGAAUCACUGGAGGCACUGACCCUCUUGGAAGGUCAGUGACAUGCAGUUAACGCCUUACGUGGUGCUUCUCAGGCCAGAGGCCCCUGUCUGGACCAUGGGGUGAUAGGUGGAAUUCUACAGUUUUCCUCUGCUGUUAGAGUUUGGAAAAACCACUUUAAUAAUGGCAGGAACAGAGGAAUUCUGAUUUCUUGUGGUGACAGAGUUGGCUAAGGAAAUCUUUCAGACAUCUUGACUGGCGUUUGUCCUGCUCUGUGGAGAGAGCUUUUGUGCCCUGGCUAUGUUGGAUGGUGGUGUAUGGAAGCAGAAAAUAGCACUUUAUGGCUUGCAGCUGGGAGCCUUUGAAAAAAAUAGCUGAACUAUUUGGGACCAGUUUAAGAAAUUCCACAAUGCUCUGUCUUCCUGGCUCCACGAUGGGACCCUCAAGAAAGCAUAAAGCAAGGCCCUUUGGCCUUCUUCCCCUUGCACCUGUUUGGCUCUGGCAGGGAACACAGCACGCUGCUUGAUGGCACAGCAGGAUCAAGGCUUCCAGAAUCCCUGGACCCGGACCAUCCCCAGCUGGCUUAAACUGUCUGGGCAGGUUUAAUGACUGGUCAGCCCACCCCUAGUUGGAGAAAAAUUGCUCCACUAUGUACAUAUUUAUUUAUUUUGUCUUUCUCUGGUCACCAUUCUUUGCCUUGGUCUUAGCUAGUUCAACAUCCAGUCUUUUGAGUGUCAAGGUUGGGUGAAAGGACUGGAGCUCGCUGGGAAGCCUGCAGGUGUGGGUGACCAGCAGAGGGAGUGGCAGGGAUCGGUCAGGUGCCUUCCUAUUUAGCUUCUGAAACUUGAGAAUAGGGCUGUGUGGGGCUUUGAGGUGGGCAGAGGCUCACAGGAUGGUGGGGGAGGGACGCGUGCUGGCUCCCAGGGCCCCUGCCUGAGGAGAUCAUUGGCCAUUGCAGAGGGCUUCCCCUUAGAUACGGAGGAUUGGGCUUUACAAGUAAACCUCUGGGGCACCCCAGCCUCAGCCCUGUGUGAACACAGCUGAGACAGGCAUAAUCUCCCCCAGUGACCACACCUCCACCCCAGAUGGUCUCUCUUGCUCUACCAGUCUUUUCUAGACUUGUUUUCAGUGGUUCUUUUUUGGGGGUGGGGAGGCACAGCUCAUCUAGAGCUGUGGUGAGAACUGAAGGUGAGUGGACACAGCUCCCAGCCUAAGGGGCAUGGUAGUCAGGAUUGGGGUGUGGGCGCCACACGGGAAGUGCCUGAUCUGGUGAUUUAUUCAGUGUCCUGCGGCAUCUAGAGAAAUGAGGGCUGACACGGACUCUUGUUCUACCACCAUGAGGUGAUUGGAAGGCUGAGGUCAGAUGAUGAGGGUAACCUGUCAGUGCUUGAUUGGCCUCUAUCUUGGUGCUUCUGUCAAAUCAUAGAAAGUUGAGAAGAAUACAUGGUACCCAGGGGGCUGUGGUUAGCAUUUUCUCAUCUAGUAGCAUCACAGCAGGUGGGAGAUGGGACGGAGGCCUCCUCAGGCACCCCAGGGUCUGGGGAAUUGGGGACGCAGACGGUUCUGGGACUGGGACUCUGCAGUGCCACACUGCAGGUGCCUCAUGUGCUGAGCCCUUGGCGCUCGUGCCUGCAGGCUUCUAAAGACAGGAGGAGCCCAGGGCUGCUCCAUAAAGACUGUCUUCAGGCUGUCAUGGUUUCUGCAGAGGUGCCAGAGUGCACAUGAAGAGAGGGCACAGAUGCAGGGCAGUGUGGAGAGACGGUGGUGGUGGCAGGAAGCCCAGUGGGGCCACGUUUGUGUGGGGAAGUUGGUUAGGACAGAAUUAGUUAGCAGCAGCUGUGGGUGAGGGUGGCAGCAAGACCCCAAGACCAAGGCCCUCCAGAUGGUUGUUACUUUAAGUCAACACGGAUGUAUUUGAAUCUGUUCCUGGAUGACGUUCCAGAACUGGUUGACUCCAUGUGGAAAACAUUAUCUUUGUGGGGAAAGUUGCAGAACGGGGAUAGGCAGGGUAGAAAUGGUCCGUUGUUUGGGGCCAGAGGUCCCAGGCUAAAAUGUCACCAGUAAAGGCACCAAGGUGCCUACAGCCAAACUGCCUUAAUUCAGAGAGCUGGGUAAUCUGCAGGUCACAGUGUCCGGCGGGGGGAGGGGUGUACUCGCAGUUAACCUCACAGAGGAAUAUGUGUACGGUGUUUACAGAGUACUCUACAAAACUCUUGGCUUAGGCUUCUAAAGCUCUGGAAGUUUUUAAGAAUAAAUACAAUCAUGCUAGUUGAGCUGUGUCUGUGUUCCAUAGGAUUUUAAAGCAAGGCCUAGACUACAGCCCUCUGAAUUGUGAAAGGACCCUCACAGCCCCAGUUGUGGCCAUUCCUCAUAGGACCGCCCUCUCCCUGCUGUUCCCAGUGGGCACCAUUGUCAGGCCGGCACCAUUGGAGGGAGCAGGACUUUGCACAGCACUUCUCUCCAGAUGGUGUUCCUUUUGGCAGACCCUCCUUUUGUCAGGUCAUCUUUUGUUUUUAGCUGAAGAAAAUCUGGAGGCCAGAAAAAACCCCAAAACAAAUUGGCCAGAACUUUUCUGAAGGUAGUUGGCUAGAUUUCCCUGGUGCAGGGGGUCUAGUAUGGGCAGCCACCCAGAAGGAUCCUUUUAUGCAAGUGUGAACCCUUACUCUGCAGGAAGGCCUGAACAGCCUGGGGCUCUGCUUAGUCUGGGGUGACAGGACCUCAGACAGCUGCGCCACCUCCUGCAGAGGCGUAUCCACGUCUAGAGGGUGGGUAAGCACGGGGAGAUGAUGUUCUGUACAGUUCCCUCCAAGUUAGAAAAACUAGCUAGGUUUCUCUUCACAACACAAAUGGGAUCACCCUGUCCCUGAAUCCCCAGUGUACAGCGACUGAGCGUGUUCUAAAGAAGUGACUGACAAACUUUCUCUGUGAAGGGCCAGUCACUACUUCGGCUGUGCAGGCAUACAGUCUGUUGGGUUCCAUUUUGCUACUGUAGCCUGAAAGCGCUGGGCCAAAUGUAAGGGACAGGUGUGGUCUGAUCCAGCCUGCUGGCCUUGGUGGGCUGAUCCCUGCCCUGAGGCUAAGUGAAAACAAGGAAUCUCGCGCUACCUGUCUUUAGAUUCACCUUCCACGUCUGCAGGACCCAAGGUCAUCUGCAAGCUCUGCCACUAAGGCUGAAGUGGGCUGCCCCUCCCAUAUGUUCCUAUUAAAGGGCUCUAUACAUACUCACCUUGGGAGCUGUUGGAAGCAGGAAUU